AUGCAAGGAUGUACCAGCCAGCAGUGUCGUUCCGAGGAGUGCCAGCCUUCUUCAAGCCGGCCGCCUGAUGCACUCACAAUCUCCAACCUCGUUCGUAUCGGGCAGGACCUGAUCCGCUGGAAACUGCUCACCUUCUACAGCCCCUUUUUCUCGACGGACAAGGCGGCAGAUGUACGAGUCAAAAUCAAUACAUGUGCCGCCGCGAUCCGCGCAGAACUCAAGCGCGUUGACGUGGUCAAGACAUGGCGGCAAUACGAGGACGAAAACGCACGCGACCAGCCAGGGUGCAAGCCCAGAGUCGACUUGGAAAUGCAGGUGUAUCAAACCGGGGCAUUGGAAAGAUUGAAAGACAACCUGUUACGCCGGGCCAGGGUCAGAAUCGUCAAGCCUAGCGUCCAGAUCACCGUCCAAGUGGACGACGAUGCUGCAGUCUACUCGGAACAGCCCAACGGGCAUUUGCGCGGCGUUUUCGCCGAGGCUGCGCGCAAACUGGGCGUGUCGCGCAAGCAGCUCGAGACCUCCAUGCAAAUGUACGCGAAGUACAUGGAGCACGAAAUGGAAAGGGAAAGGGAGCGUUCGAGUUCGAGUUCGAAACCGAAGCAGAACCAGUGGACCGCCGAGAGCAUGGCGCGCGACGGGAACUGGAGCAUCCUGGCGCGUAUACUCCUUGAAGAUGUGCAGGACCUGGCACCCUCACUAACCGAGGGCCUGAGCCGCAGCAGAGCAGGAGUGACGGUGCCAUCGACUCCGGACGUUUUAAAUUCCGAGACUGGGGCAAGAGCCAACGGCAAAACAUGCGGCUGUCCUGCGAGGGCCAACCAGACAGCACCAUCGUUCUCGCCGUCAUCGUCGUUGUCAUCAUCAACGGCAAGAACAGCGGCCAAAGAUUUCAUGGUCGAGGGAGCCGAGCUGCGCGACAUCCUCUCUGCCAUCUGGGAAUGCAAGAAGAAUUACUUCAAUACACUCCAGUUCGACGGGCCCAAUGGCCGCUAUUGCCUGUGCGGCACGGACGAGUACUGCCGCAGAUGCGGUCCCUUCACCGUCAAAGUCCAGGUGCGUGCUUCGACCGCGCUGCGCGAAGUCUGGGCGAGAUUCGGGAAUGCUAGGAAAAGCAGGGCAAAGGCGAAAGAGAAGGAGAAGCAGCAGCAGGAAGAAUACUUCCUCGACGUUGGUCUUGGACUCGAGAAGAACAAGGCCAAGACAGGGGCAAAGUCGAAGUCGAAGACGGCCGAGCGAGGGUAUUCUGUUGAUGUUGGCGUCCGUCUUGGAGCCGGAAAGGCCGACAGAUCUGGACACGGACGAGGACGGGAGGCCCCUCGAGGCGCAGGCACGGAACCCAAGCACAAUGGAAGCUUGCGGCGAAAAAUCAAGUUCACCUUGAACACGGGGAAGGGGGGGACGAAGAUGAAUCAUGUCUUGUAG